GGAGCGGCCAGUGUGACGCGUGAAGCUUGGAGCAAAGGCUGUCGGGCUCAGGCGGAGCGUCAGUGCGGCCUGGUGAGGCGUGGAGAGAGCAGGGACUCUUGUAGUGCUCACCGUCAACGCGCAAUCAUGUCCAAUAAGAAGAGGAAGGCCUCCAGCUCAGAGGAGCCAGCAGUGUGCAUGCUGUGUGGCCGGGCAGAUGAUGACCCGGACAUCUUCGGACGCACUAUUGGCGACAGUCGCAUGUCUAUCCAUGAGUUCUGCUUGAUUUUUGCCCACAUCGCUUUGGAAGAAAGACCUCCAGGGGAGGAAUCUACGGGCAUUGACCUUGCUGCCCUCACACACAAGGUCAAGCAGGCAAACCAGAAGCAAUGCUGUGUUUGCGGCGAGAGGGGGGCUGCCAUCACAUGCGCAGAGAGCGGCUGUGCACGCUGCUUCCACCUGCCCUGCGCUGCAGAUGGGGAAUGCAUCACACAGUAUUUUGGAGAGCACAGAUCCUUCUGUUGGGAGCACCGCCCUCGACAGACAGCAGAUACAGCUCCAGCAGAAGACACUAUCUGCGUCAUCUGCCAGGAGACCGUGGGGGACAGUUUGUCCUACCACACCAUGGUGUGCCCAGCGUGCACACAUGCCUGGUUCCACCGGGGAUGCGUCCAGAAACAGGCAUUGAAUGCUGGCACUAUGUGCUUCCGGUGCCCCAGUUGUAGAGACAAUGCCGUAUUCUGUGACGAAAUGUCUACCAUGGGGAUCCAAAUCCCAGCCAGAAGACCAUCAUGGGACAACUACCGUGCAUACGCGUCGCUCCUCCAGAGGCACCAGCGCUGCGAUGCUAGCAGGUGCCUUUACCCUAGAGGCAGACGACAGGCAGAUAUAAGGGGGCCCUGGCAGCUGAUCCUGUGCAGCUCCUCGUGCUGCCAGGGCACUCACCGACGGUGCUCCCACUUGAGCAACACAACAGCCACGUGGGAGUGUGACAGCUGUGCUGGCCUGGGUACCGCCUCCAGCACCAUCUCGGAGCUUGCUGGGCCCAGCACUGCCAGCCAGGAGGGCCUGCAACCAUCCCACAGCCCCUAGGAACCAGAGGACAGCAGGUCCGGCCCCACCAGCCAGGCAGCAUCAGGGCCAUCACACAGUUCCCAGCUGCCAGAGCUCAGCAGUCAGACCAGUGAGCUGGGCACCGAACGUGGGACAAUCCGCUCACGUUUUCCUGACCAUCAGGAUGCAUCUGAGCUGCAGCAAGCACACCGUGGCAGCAGACACGCGGCAGCCCCAAGAGCUGAAAGCAGCAGCUCACACCCAUCCACCAGACGGGGCACAUCGGGAUCCUCCUGAGCAGCCACAGUGGCUGCACGCAGAAGGCGUUCCAGGCAGCGGGGAACAAGCCGGACACGUAGCCGCUCCCUGCUGCAAGGUAGGGACCCAGGUUCCCAGAGCCGGACCAGAAGGCCUCAGGGCAGCAGGCGAACACCAUCUCCAGCUGCUCAGAACAGCACCCAGAGCACCACCAGGCCGGUGACACGGAGGUCCUUGAGGGCUUCCCUGUAUUCACACACUGCGGAACGGCCCGGGCAGCCAGGGGAGGCCCUCAUGUGAAACUGUUCCUCAGUGGCACAUCGAGUCCCAGAUGUCCACAGCCGGCCCUGAGGAAGCUACAGGAGACAAUUCCAACAGUGGGGGCUAUUCCAGGCAUGGAGUGACUCCCGGAUCCAACAUCAAAGCCAGCAUUUCCCCUCCAGUCAGCCCAAAAACAGAUGGCAUGGAAGCAGUUUCAACAGCAGGGGCUAUCCCGGGCAUGAAGUCACUUCUGAGUCCAACAUGGAACACAGCAUCCUCCCCUCACACUCAGCCCCCAAAAGUAUGGCACGGAAACAGCCGUGUGCCAACACCGUGUGCUGGCUCUAGUCCCUAGUGUCAACACAAUAAACCCAACCAUCCCACACACAUUUUCUUUGUCCGCUGCUUCUUCUCUGCUUGUCCUGAGAUGAGCAGACUUAGGCGCUGGGAUCACAGGGUUUUCUCCUCCUCAGCACCUUCCCAGCAAACUGGGUGGGCAAAACCAGUGUGGCAAGUCAGAAGGGUGUGACACAGCAGUCAGAGCAGGCACACAGUUAGCACAGCCUGUGGCACCUGGUCACGCUGGACAAGAGCUAUCGCUUGAGAGGCCGUUGCUCCUCUAUAGCACCAAGGUGCAGCCACAGUCCCCACACUGCAGGGAGCUGUUGCAAGAAGGAACGUGGCACAUAUGUCCAUGCAGCGGUUCAGGUCUCGGGCUGCGAAGAGUGUCUGACACUGUCACUGCUGCGCAAGGGCAACGGAGAUACUGCCUGUGUGCCGUAUGAACAAGUGGAGGAUGAUCUGCUCAGAAUGGUGGCGGAGCUAAAGGUGGAGAGGUUGGGGAGCAUCUGGGAUUGCGUGAGGGAUAUAGACUGGUGGAGUCACACUCUGCCGUCCUAGCAGGAAAGGCGCCAGGAGACGCUCUACAAGUAGCAGUGGAUCAUCUACCUUCUAGGAGUCAGACAUGAGGAGGGGACCUCAGGGAUUGCGAGGGAUGGAAACGAGUAACUGCUCAGGGCAACAAGUAGUUUGUCUCGCAGCCUGUCCCACCUUCCCAGGUGUCCUUUACUCUCUUGGGGAGACCUCAUUGUGGCCUUCGGGUAUUUGAAAGGAGUGUAUAAACAGGAGGGGUAUGACUGGGAGCCAGGGAGGAACCCACAAGGUCACCUCCCAGCAGCCUGCCAGAGCCAGGGCCUGGGGCUCCUUCCUGCUGAUGACACCAAGCUGAGUGCUGCGGUUGACACAGUGGAAGGAAGGGAUGCCAUUCAGAGAGACCCCAACAAUUAGUAUAAUUGCCAUUAGUAUCCAAGCUGCAAUAGGUAGAACAAUACAUACAAUCAUGUUAUGAAUUCUGUAUAAUUAUGACAAACUUGGCAUUUUCUAUUUGAAAAGGUCUUGAUGAUUAUGCAGUUGAUCUAUACCAUCAAGAUGUUGUUCAUAUUUCAUAGCUGUAGGUAACUACACUUGUACAAAUCCACAUUUCAGAACCAGGAUUAUAAUACUGAUAGUCUUCCCUCUAGUGUUCCUCAAUAUGGAAAUUUCACAUUACAGUGUACAUCAGUAGUUUUUUCACAUGAAUGAAAGAGCUAAGAAGCUGUUGGAUAUUGAGUGAAAACUUUAAACAUUCGCUUUUUUGAGUACACAGUUAAAUAAUUUAGUUUUUAUUGCUUCAGUGGAGAAUAUGCUCUUUAAAAACUAAAGACAAAUUUUACUAGAAAGAAAUGAAAAAGA